AUGGCCACCAUCCAGUCGGAGACUGACUGCUAUGACAUCAUCGAGGUGCUGGGCAAGGGCACCUUCGGGGAGGUGGCCAAGGGCUGGCGGCGGAGCACGGGCGAGAUGGUGGCCAUCAAGAUUCUCAAGAACGACGCCUACCGCAACCGCAUCAUCAAGAACGAGCUGAAGCUGCUGCGCUGCAUGAGGGGCCUGGACCCCGAGGAGGCCCACGUCAUCCGCUUCCUCGAGUUCUUCCACGACGCCCUCAAGUUCUACCUGGUCUUCGAGCUGCUGGAACAAAACCUUUUCGAAUUCCAGAAAGAGAACAACUUCGCGCCCCUCCCUGCCCGCCACAUCCGCACGGUCACCCUGCAGGUACUCAGGGCCCUGGCUCGGCUCAAGGAGCUGGCGAUCAUCCACGCUGACCUCAAGCCCGAGAACAUCAUGCUGGUGGACCAGACCCGCUGCCCCUUCCGCCCACAGGUGAUCGACUUCGGCUCCGCCAGCAUCUUCAGUGAGGUGCGUUACGUGAAGGAGCCGUACAUCCAGUCGCGCUUCUACCGGGCCCCCGAGAUCCUGCUGGGGUUGCCCUUCUGCGAGAAGGUGGAUGUGUGGUCGCUGGGCUGCGUCAUGGCCGAGCUGCACCUGGGCUGGCCCCUGUACCCGGGCAACAACGAGUACGACCAGGUGCGCUACAUCUGUGAGACCCAGGGCCUGCCCAAGCCCCACCUGCUGCACGCCGCCCGCAAGGCCCACCACUUCUUCAAACGCAACCCCCACCCCGAUGCCACCAACCCCUGGCAGCUCAAGUCCUCGGCCGACUACCUGGCUGAGACAAAGGUGCGCCCCCUGGAGCGCCGCAAAUAUAUGCUCAAGUCGCUGGACCAGAUCGAGACGGUGAACGGCGGCGGGGCGGCCAGCCGGCUGACCUUCCCGGACCGCGAGGCGCUGGCCGAACACGCCGACCUCAAGAGCAUGGUGGAGCUGAUCAAGCGCAUGCUGACGUGGGAGUCCCACGAGCGCAUCAGCCCCAGCUCGGCCCUGCGCCACCCCUUCGUGUCCAUGCAGCAGCUGCGCAGCGGCCACGAGGCCACCCGCUACUACCAGCUCUCCCUGCGCGGCUGCCGCCUCUCGCUGCAGGUGGAAGGCAGGAACCCCGCGCCCGCGGCGGCCGCCGUGGAGGACGCGCCCCCCUACUACGGCCUGGCCGAGGAGGAGGAGGCCGUGGGCGUGGGCAGCGGGUCCUUCUUCCGUGAGGAGAAGGCGCCGGGCAUGCAGAGGGCCAUCGACCAGAUGGACGACCUCAGUCUGCAGGAGGCGGGGCGUGGGCUGUGGGGCGAGACCCGGGCCGAUGGCGUGCCCGACGUGCUAGCCCCGCUCAAGGUGGCCGCCACUGGCCGCCGAGCGCCGGACGCCGGCCCCGAGCCCAUCCUGGCCUUCUACGGCAGCCGCCUGGCGGGCCGCCACAAGGCCCGCAAGACCCCUGCGGGUUCCAAGUCUGACUCCAACUUCAGCAAUCUCAUCCGGCUGAGCCAGGCCUCGCCCGAGGAUGACGGGCCCUGCCGGGGCGGCUGGGCCGAAGGGGAGCGCUGCGGGGCCUCGGCCGAGCCGCCCGCCAUCCAGCAGCGGGACGGGGACGGGCCCGACGUCAAGGACAUGGCCAUGGAGGCGGAGAGGCCAGGCCCUGAGCUCUUCGACCCCAGCAGCUGUUCUGGGGAGUGGCUGAGUGAGCCAGAAUGGACCCUGGAGAGCGUCAGGGGGCCACGGGCUCAGGGCCUCCCGCCCCGCCACACCCACGCGCACGGUCCGCCCCGAGCCACCAGCUUUCUGCAGCAUGUCGGUGGGCACCACUGACGGUGACCCCACCCCUCCCCGUCACGGGGGCUGAGCUAGCUGGGCUGGCAUCCCCUCAGAGCCAUGCCCGAACCCACAGAUUAUUCUUACAGAAAUAGAGUUAUCCAGAAUUCCCCGUUACCCUCUUGACCCGUAGCGCCUGCCUGCACACAUACCCCAGCCACAGGAGGGCCGUGGGAGUCAGGCCCGUGGCCCCCUCAACCAGAGGGGCGCAGGAGGGGCUACACCCUGCUGGCCCUGAGCACACCCUCGGCCCCACUGCCUCUGCUGUUUCAAUAAAGAACUGUUCAGUCCCGCUCACACCUGCCAUCCCUGCCUGAGCUCUAGACAGCAGCUGGGGGACGGGGGUUCACGCUGGCACCCAGGCCCUGCUGGGACACGCCGUGUCCGUCAGCCACUGGCCCAGGCGGGGGCUGGGCUGCCUGGUACUUCGAGGGAAAGGCUGUGCUUGGCGCACGGCCCGUCCCCCCCAAGUGCUUGGCCCUUGGCUCCGAGAAUCCACCCCCAGAACACUCUCAGCCUCGCAGGUGCCAGCUCGCCAAAUGUCAAGGUCUCGGCGUCCGGCGGCCUGAACGCGCCAGCUUACGGACUCGGCACGCCCUCAUCCACGCCUGGGCCGCGCUGUGUGCAAAUCCCCUUGGCAGGGGGAUGCUCACGCUUCUUGGGGCAGGAGCCAACGUCCCAGCCCGUGAGCCCCCACCCUUGGGAGGUGGCCGGGGUCCAGCGUGUGCUCGUUGGGUAAAAACACACAGGCCACGAGAGCUCAGCUCAUGCCGACGGACGGCGCAUGCAGGCCCGUGGCGCUGUGCGACACCCUUGCUGGCUGUGCUCAGGGCUCGGCACACGCGGUCACGUGCUGAGGGCUCGGGACAGACGUGGCCACGCGGCCCGUGGCCAGGG